AUGCCUUUAACACCCUCUUCCGUGGCUUCAAAUACUCGUGCACAGGCUCAGAAACCUCCUUCUACCACUGACAUUUUGAAGGCAAUCGAAUCGCUCUCUACUUCGCAAUCGUCGCAGUUUAGUGAACUUAAAAGUAGCAUUUCGACACUCACUUCCCAAGUAGCAGAUCUGGUUACUGAUAAUGCUUCUUUCCGGGCUGAAAUUGGUGUUCUUCGUUCAAGAAUUGAUGUUUUGGAAUCACGUCCGGUCCCCUCUAUCGAUUCGUCUUCAGUGAUUUUUCGUGAAUCUACUGAACGAAGCAAAAUUGUAUUUAAUGCAAUUGCAUAUGGAGUGCCUGAGUCCGCUGCCAACACCGCUGCUUUAAGAGUUAAUGAUGAUCUACGUACACUUAGCAAUCUUCUUGAACAAAUAACUAUACCUGUACCAACCAAUCUUAAGCUAAUACGCCUAGGCAAUAGUAAUGCGAAGAAACCGAGACCUUUGAAGGUAAUCUGCCAAUCCAUGGCCGAUGCUUCUCAACUCAUUUUAAAUUUUAAUUCACAAACGCGGAAUGGAUUAUUACCAGAACCUGGUUUUCGCAUUGUUCGGGACAAAACCACGCUUGAACGGGAACUUUUGCGUAAAGCUCAUUCCGAUCUGCAACGUAAAAUCGAAAGUGGCUCUUCUGAUUUUACUAUUUCGUGUGACAGGAAUGUACGCACAAGUAAUUGUCGUCGAGGAGGAGGUUCAUUAAUUGCUGUCAAGAAAGAGCUAAGACCAACCUUAAUUACGACUGCAUUUGACACUUGUGAGCAAGUUUUUGUUCGCCUCACUCUAGCCAGUGGUCUCUCUGUAUUUUUAGCUGGAGUAUAUUUACCUCCUGGUACAAAUUUGUCUGUGUAUGAGAGUCAUGUUGAAGCCUUAGACCGGGUAUGGAGAUCUUAUAAUUUUAAUCUUGGUUUGGUAUGUGGUGACUUCAAUAUGCCCAAUGUUGAGUGGUCCGUCUGUGAUUCGGGUCUUGUCUAUACAGGUAAUAUAACUGAUAAGGUCCGUCUUAUUGGUGAUCAGUUUAGUUUCCUUCACUUCGUCCAAAAAAACCAAAUUCUCAAUAACUCUGGAUCUCUUCUUGACCUAAUUUUCUCUAGUAAUGAAUCCACCUUAGUCCAGCAGGCUACAGAUUUAUUAGUUCCAUGUGACAUUUACCACCCAGCACUAUCUAUUUCCUGUCCAUUUCCUUCAGACCCUCCAAUGCUUGACGCUCAACACACAUAUUAUGAUUUUAAAAAUGCUAACUACGAGACGAUUAUUCAUAGACUUGAGAGCAUUGAUUGGUAUAACGCCUUAGAUUCAAGAUCCGCAGACCUUUCUGCUGAUUUUUUACAGAAAUCAUUGCUUGAUUGUAUUCGUGAAUGCGUUCCAUUACGAAACUUUCGAAACUCUACUUUUCCUAUAUGGGUCUCAAGUAAGCUUAAGAAACUUCUCGCUAUGAAGAAACAAUCGCAUAAACAAUAUAAAAUGUUAGGUGGUCUUAAUCGUUAUUUAAUCUUCUCUCAACUACGCGCCCAAUGUAAAUUUGAAUCGAAGUGUCUCUAUAGUCACUAUUUGCGUAACAUACAGAAUCGUCUAUGUGUAGAUCCUAAAUCAUUUUGGAAAUUUGUUCGUAGUAAACGUGGUGUCUCUACAAUACCAGAUGAGGUUCAUCUUGGGGAGUCUAAGGCCUCCAGUGACCAAGUUGCUUCUUUGUUUGCUUCUCAUUUCUCAUCUGUUUAUGGUGACUCACGAUUUACCUGCAAUAAUUUAUCAGAUGAGUUUACAAACAACCAAUUUUCACACCUUCCUUCUAAAUUAUCUAUAUCGAUUGAUGAAGUUAAUAUAGCGCUUAACUCUCUUUCAAAUGUUCACAGUUCGGGCCCGGAUGGCAUUUCUGCUAACCUAUUGUAUCACUGCCGUGCCUCUCUCAGUUUACCGGUCACUUUAAUUUUUAAUAAAUCACUUACAGAAGGUGUUUUCCCUUCUGCGUGGAAAAUAAGUCGUGUUACGCCAAUUUUCAAAUCUGGGAAUCCGGCUGAUGUCGCUAACUAUAGACCCAUCUCCGGCCUUCCUCUACUAGACUUGGUGUUGGUGAGCCACUUUUAUCAUGGUUUAGAUCUUACCUUAGUGACCGUCGACAAUUUGUCAGCCUUUUCGGGAAGACAUCUGAUCUCUUCCGUGCAUCGUCCGGUGUUCCACAAGGUAGCCAUUUAG